GGUAUCGUUAGUUUCAGAGGAAGAAAGGAUUACCUCGACUGAGUGUGCAGAUAGCAAUAACCUCAAUUUGCGAAUAUUCGUUUUAAGGGGUUCAAUUUACGGGUACAUGUCUUCAUGCCACCCCUGUCACCCUUAUUGACUCUUUAUUCUGUCACGCGUUUGAUACAAUGAUACAAUAACAUGACAUUUCAGCUAUGCUUAUGCUCGAGGCUCUCAGCUGGUUAAUCCUUUUCUGCUAUAUGAUAGUUAUAUCAUUUAUCAUUUUCUCUCCUAUUGGCCGAGCUACAUCUGGCUUGGUGCAUAUGUAUGUAUAUAUAUAUAUAGGGCUUACGUACAUUACGCGUUCAGUCGCCAAAGCCAGCCCGCACCUUUCCCUUCCUCUGCUUCGGACCUGCAUGGAUGGAUAGAGUACUUGGGCACGCUGGCGUGAUGGGGACACGCGACUAUGAUGUUCUGCCUACGAACAUAAAGACAGAGCUGCUUCAAGCCAUUGAAGCCGUUCCUCCUCAAGUUGAUCAACCAACCGAUACUUCUAAAGGCCUUGAAGAUGCACUACAUGCAUGGGUUUCCAAUACCCAGGAAACGCCAGCCCGGGCUGGUCACUGGGUCUACGUACUUGAGGAAUCAUCCAAAACUGAUCUGUCUUUGAAUGGCUUGGAGCCUGACGACCUGGCCAGGUUUCGGCACCUGCAACGCCUUGAACGUCAAUACCACUUCAGUGUCUUUGUUACUCAGGUGGAGCGAAAAACGGCUGGCUCCAUGCAUACCGAUAUGUACGCUUGUGAAGAAGAGGAUGAGGAAGAGGAAGAGGAAGAGGGUCACGAUCCGAUCACAGGUGACAGUGUUGAUGAUAGAGAAUGGGUCGUCCGGAUACUCUUCGAUGCUAAAGGCCAGCGAAAGCCACUCCAAUUAAACUUAGAUCCAGAAGUCAUUCUUCAGGGCGAUGUCUUCGAAGACUGCGAACCAGAUGAAGAAGGUGACGCGGAAGAACUACACCCCCACCCGGAGAUGUAUUAUUUUUGUCAUUAUCAUAGAUCACCAGCUUUACUCAUUGUUCCACAAGCCACGGCCGUCAAGUACUUCUCGAACGUCUUCUUGACGCCUAGAACGAUAAACCCGGUGACAGAUUUGUUAAGCUACUACGCGUUCAAAGCCAGCCAGCCUGUAAGCGACAACAUAGAUCUCGAGAUAUUAGCCGACCUAUGCCAAGAGUUCUUGAUCCAACAGGACGUAGGGGAGACUAGCGAAACCAGAUUUCCCGAACAUCUCAUUGUCCAACUUCUUGAAGCCGCGAUUCGCCAUGAAAGCCAAAGUCUAUUCGAACUUGUCUGUAGUAAUAUCGAAGUCAGCAUGUCUCCCCAGUUCUUCACUUGGGCAGUCUCAAAGUUAAAAGGGUCGACUUUACCAUUCACCAGGCUAAGUUCAACUUUCGAUAAUUCCGUUUUCGCCCUGAAAACCCUAGGUGAACAGUAUAGAUUUAUCUCGAGCUUGAGAGCCACUAAUAAAGAAGCGCCAAAAGAGUUACGGAAUCUAGUCCUGAUUGCAUUGGAUAAGAUGGUCGACUUUUGUUACUCUUCUACCCUGUAUGAGCAGGACGGAGAGACUCUCGUCUUCAUUGCUUGUGACCUUGAGGAUUACAGUUGGCUCUUAAAAAGGCUGGGCCCUCUUGUUCGUUUUGAACUAGAAAAUGUAGCGUUCGUAUUAGGAUUCGCCUGGCGGCUAUAUACGAGCGUCCAUCAGAAAAGACUGCACAAUUCCGACUCCUUCAGCUUCCUCAAAUCUACCCUCAAGUCGCUGAUUGAACGACUUGACGUUACCCAUAUUCUCAGCGAAAAGGGGUUUGCCCGUUGGCAGCUGAAACGAGCGACUGUCAAUAUCCCACCACCUCCGCCACCCAUCACUUUAUUUACGCUCCAGAACUUUGUCCAUCUCUUGCUGAAUUUGGAGAUGGAGGCCGACCUACAGAAUCUAGCAAGGAAGCUGAUGGAGCAAUAUGAAUAUAUUAACCCGUCCGAGCUCAGUGACCUUUUCCUUCCCUUUCUCGGAUGCCUCAUAAACACCCUAGAGGAGACAUCGAUCCCCUAUGAUGGGACUAUAUAUGCAGACAUGGUUCGAACCAUGAUAAUGGCAUUAUGGAAUACAGACGUUAUCACACAAGGGCCAACAUAUAAGGUAGAUGGCCAGUUCACAAUGAAUUGGGAUGGCCCAGUGCAGACCGCCAAAUGCUUAUCGUCGUUAUUUGGCGAGAAAAGGCUGCGUCUGAUAUUAAGAGAAGACUACAGCUAUGUGAUGGAGCAUCAACCCCGUCCAAAUAACCGACGUCCUACCGCUGAGCCUUCAGGGAACAGCACACAUGUUAAUCCAGGGGCUAUACCUCGGAUUCUUUCGCUCUCCAAUAGCUCAUACGCCAGUCCACCCCAAAAUCUCGUCGCAGAUGGUCUGUCUUCUAUAAUUGGAACUCGCCAUGCGCCAAUCUACCUCGACGAUGAUGCAGAUGAUGCAGAUACUAGCCAGCCGCCACCAAACCAAAGCCAGCAAACCUGGAAUACACAAUCCCAACCUGCCCCAUUCCCUACCGCUCCUCCUCCCGCAGUUGAACCCGCAGUCAUACCCUGGGCCCCUCAACCACCACAAAGCGGCGUACCAAGCCAGCAGACAACUACCCACCAACAACAACAACCCUUACCACAGCCCCCACCAGAACGACCGGCCCUGACCUCCCUUCCCCAGAACCUGCCCGGGAGGUCAGGAAUGGACUCUCCACCCCAGGAGCUCCUAUCAUCGUCAUCAUCGUCAUUAGCGGGGCUAAAGCGUAAGCAAGCAGAGGGUGGUGGUUUCGCGUACGAGCAGCCGGUGAAGAGGUGGGCUUGAGUGCUGCCGGGCACGUUUGGGAAUUAAUGAUGUACCUAGGUACCCAGGUGCCUAAUAGGUAUCCAUAAUGAAUACCAAUAUACUCCCGUGUUAAGACAUCGUCAAUAUAGUUAAUCUGAUCUAACCUAGUAGAUUAGGCACCUAUGUAGUUGGCUAACAACCUUGGAACUUUCAUUCCAUGCCUGUCAAAGUACCUACCUACUUAAAAAUAGAUACCAAGUCUAUGCAUCCCAUGUCCAUGCGUCUAGUCUAGAUACCUAAAGAAUUUGCCCUUCUCCUUCUCUUCUCUCCUCCUCUCUAGCUACCUGCGUUAGGCGUCUUCUAUAACCUACCCUGCUCCCUCAGCCAAUCAACGACGA